AAAAACAACAAACCAUAUUGUAUAUAAUAGAUUAUAUAAUAUAAUACAAUAUAUUACAAGAAUAUAAUAAAUAUAAGCUAUAGAAUAAAAACUCAAUUAUAAUAACAAAAUUAUAAAAACACCAUAUAUUAAAAAUAUAAUAAUAUAAUCCUCAACACACAAAUAAAAAAAAAACAAUCAAAAACAUACCAAAAACCAAACCAAAGAUAUGUCCUAACAAUAAUAACCAUAUAAUUAUUACUAACAACAAAUCCCUAACUAAAACCCCUAAGCAUCUCCAAGCUAAAGAUUUUAAGUGAUAUAAACCCCUGUUAUCUCAACCGGAAAAUACAAAACAAGUCUUUGCCGCCAUUUCAAAAAUGGAAAUUGUCAACUUGGUUAAGCCUGUCAUUUUGCCCAUGGAAUGGAAGAACUAAGAACAACUACUGAUCCUAUCCCUGUAAACAUUCCAAAUUCCCAACCUAAAGUUCUAUGCAAUAAUUACAAGACAAUCAAAUGCUAAUAUUUCUAAAAGGGAUAUUGCAAAAAUUAAAACGGAUGUUCUUUUGCUCAUGGAGAUGUUGAAAUGCUAUCCUCAAAUAUGAACUAGGGUACUCCUUAAUAAUCUCUAUUGUUAAAUAACUAAGACUCACUUUUAUUAAUUUCAAUUAUUUCGAAUCUCGAAUAAGUCUUUAAAAAUGAUCUCAAUACUUUAAAAAAAUUAUAAUUUGCUUAAUAAUAUGCAAGAGCAGGAGAUUAAAAUAGCGCAUAUUAAAUAGUAAAUGAAAUUAUGAAAGAUCCGGCUAGAACAGAAGAAGAAAAAUAAUAAUAUCAAACUAUCUAUACUAAUGCUUAGAUUUAUUAUUAAACCAUUUAUAAUUAAUAAUAAUAAAUGCUUUCUUAAUACAACAAUGCUAUGAAUUUACAAUAACCUUAUUAUAUGGGUAUGUAAUAGUAGUAUGGAAAGAUUUAGUAUUGAGAAUUAAAAAAAAUCAAUAUUC